AUGGCGGAACGAGAGGGGUGCCAUAGCGACGAAUCCGAAAAUGAUGCCAAGGCACAUAUCGGUUCCGGUAGCACAAGGUGGUCUUCGAGGGACUUGGCGCGGGUCCAUGGGAGUGAGGCAGGGGCGCGCCGGUCCAAGCAAUCUAACCAAAGGGCAAGGUCGAUGGAGGUGCGGGAACAGUGGGCGACUGCGGAGGAAGGCGGUGGCUUGGCGGCUGAUCUAGAGCAGGGAAGCAGAGGCCGACGGACGACGGGGAUGGCCUCUGCGACGAACACCACGGGCGGCGGUGCUGCAAUUCUCCAUGGCCUCGACGUGGUUCCUCAUCUGAGGCAGCAACGGCGAGGGUGA